AGAGGCUGGUGCAGCAACAGGAACCACAUGAGCAGCAGGAGGAGUCGCGAGAAGAGAGGCGUCACGGCAAAUAAAACUCCACGCCCCUCUCUGCCGAGCAUCCAUUUACUGAGCAGCUGAUGUCUGCUGCUUCACUGGAGGCACACAGACUCAGCAGAAGGAGGAAAAAAAAAACUACAGUGCUGUGGAGCUCCGCUGGAUUUGGAUUACAGCAAAGUACAUCUACCUUUGCACACUGGAGCAUUGAUGAAGAGGAUUGCUGUGCCAGUCUCGCAAGAAAUGUCCGUACUGGAUAUUCUUAACCUUGGAUUGUAGGAGUAUUUAUAACAGAGAAGCUGCUGUUGCUCUUUGUUACGUGAAAACUGUCAGAGGAUCGACUGUUACUCGACUGAUUAACAGCAAAUAGCUGCUCAAGAAGACGGUGGGCUUCCUCCUGUCUUUCCACUCUAUCUGGCCACGAUUCUACAGGUUGAGGCGAAGUUUCAAAGAUGACCACCAUGCAGAAGCUGCUGCAGUUGCCGGUGAACGCGGUGAACAUUGUGAAGACCGUGCAGAGCCAGGUCCAAGGCCAGGAGGAGGACAAGAGCCCCGUGCUGACCCCUGAUAGUGGGCAGCAUUCCUGGUACAAUGCCCUCCAGCCUGAUGAACUGCGCCACCUCCGAUCUGGAGGUACAGGAGGAGGUGGAGGUGGAGACCAGGAGGAGCGAGCCCCACUGGAGGAAGGUGGUGGAGGUGGCAGCAGUGGUGGCACUUUCCAAACUCAGCCACUGCGACAUGACGACUUGAAAGAGAUGCUGGACAGCAACAAAGACUCCCUAAAGCUGGAGGCAAUGAAGCGGAUCGUGGCUAUGAUCGCUCGAGGUAAAAAUGCAUCAGAUCUGUUCCCUGCUGUGGUGAAAAAUGUGGCCUGUAAAAACAUAGAGGUGAAGAAGCUGGUCUAUGUUUACUUGGUGCGUUACGCUGAGGAGCAGCAGGAUCUCGCUCUGCUCUCUAUUUCCACAUUCCAGCGAGGCUUGAAGGAUCCAAACCAGCUGAUCAGAGCCAGCGCCCUGCGAGUCCUUUCCAGUAUACGAGUUACAAUCAUCGUCCCCAUAAUGAUGUUGGCUAUCAAAGAAGCUGCUUCGGAUAUGUCUCCUUAUGUCAGGAAGACAGCUGCUCAUGCAAUCCCCAAACUGUACAGUUUGGAUCCUGAACAAAAAGACCAGCUGAUUGAAGUCAUAGAGAAACUCCUUGCUGACAAAACCACGCUGGUGGCAGGAAGCGUCGUUAUGGCCUUUGAGGAGGUUUGUCCAGAGCGCAUCGACCUGAUCCACAAGAACUACAGGAAGCUGUGCAAUCUGCUCAUCGAUGUGGAGGAGUGGGGUCAGGUCGUCAUCAUCAACAUGUUGACGCGUUACGCUAGAACCCAGUUCCUCAACCCAAACAUCAACGAGUCCCUGCUGGAGGAGGGAGGCGGCGGGGAGAAGACCUUCUACGGCUCAGAUGAAGAUGAGGAUGAAGACGAGGAGGAGAAGGAGAAGAAAGCCGAGGUGGCUGCGAUGGCCAAGAGGAAGCCAUACGUGAUGGAUCCAGACCACCGACUGCUGCUGAGGAACACUAAACCACUCCUGCAGAGCCGCAACGCAGCUGUGGUGAUGGCUGUGGCUCAGCUGUAUUUCCACCUUGCUCCUAAAGCUGAGGUUGGUGUGAUCGCUAAGGCACUGGUCCGUCUCCUGAGGAGCCACAGUGAAGUCCAGUAUGUCGUCCUUCAGAACGUGGCAACAAUGACGAUUAAGAGAAGGGGCAUGUUUGAACCAUACCUGAAGAGUUUUUACAUCCGCUCCACAGACCCAACUCAGAUCAAAGUCCUGAAGCUCGAGGUUCUCACUAAUCUGGCCAAUGAGACCAACAUUUCUACCAUACUCAGAGAAUUUCAGACAUACAUUAGAAGCAUGGACAAAGAUUUUGUGGCUGCAACAAUCCAAGCAAUCGGCCGCUGUGCUACCAACAUCGGUGAGGUGAGGGACACGUGUCUGAACGGUCUGGUGCAGCUACUGUCCAACCGAGAUGAGUUGGUGGUCGCAGAGUCGGUGGUUGUUAUCAAGAAGCUGCUACAGAUGCAACCAGAGAAGCACAGCGACAUCAUUAAGCACAUGGCCAAACUAACAGACAACAUCCAGGUGCCGAUGGCGCGGGCCAGUAUCCUGUGGCUGAUUGGAGAAUAUUGUGAACACGUGCCUAAGAUUGCUCCGGAUGUUCUAAGGAAGAUGGCCAAGUCGUUCACUAACGAGGAGGACAUUGUUAAGCUGCAAAUCAUCAACUUGGCUGCCAAGCUGUAUCUCACCAACUCCAAACAGACCAAACUGCUGACGCAGUACGUCCUCAACUUGGCCAAAUACGAUCAGAACUACGACAUCCGUGAUCGGGCGCGUUUCAUUCGGCAGCUCAUUGUGCCCACUGAGAAAAGUGGAGCCCUCAGCAAGUAUGCAAAAAAACUGUUCCUCGCCCUCAAACCUGCACCUGUGCUCGAGUCUCCAUUCAAAGAUCGAGACCAUUUCCAGUUGGGUUCAUUGUCCCACCUGCUGAAUGCCAAGGCUGGGGGCUACCAGGAGUUGCCUGACUGGCCUGAAGCCGCCCCUGACCCCUCCGUGCGCAACGUGGAGGUGAAGGAGUCUGUUUUUACGCUGCUUGAAAGAGUCACAACAUUAACGAGUGUGCCUGAAUGGACCAAAUGUAGCAGCCGUGAGAAGAGGAAGGAGAAGAAGGUGGAGAAGCCGUUCUACUCCGACUCUGAGGGCGAGUCUGGGCCGACAGAGUCUGCUGACAGUGAGUCGGACUCUGCCAGCGGCUCAGAAAGCGGCAGCGGCAGCGAGGAGAGCGGGUCGGGAUCAGAGAGCGAAGAGAGUGAGGAAGGCUCUGAGUCUGAGGAAGAGGAGGAGGAGGAAGAGGAGGAGAAGGACAAGAAGAAAAAGAAGAAAGAAUUAAAGAAGCCAGUGCCAGAAACUGAAAGCGAGCAGAGCAGUGAAGAGGAAGACAGGAAGAUCGAGAGGAAGAGUAAACAGCGCAAGAGCGACUCGGAGUCUGAGUCUGAUGAGGAUGAGGAGAGUGAGUCUGAAAGCAGCCAAUCAGAGUCUGAAGACUCCGAGUCUGAGGUAGAGGUCAAGAAGAAGAAAAAGACAGCUGAAACGAAACCUCCCUCCAAACCUGUCAAGAAAGAGACCAAGAAAGAGAAGAAAGAAAUGUCUCUGCUCGACCUCGACGAUUUCGAACCUGCUCCCUCACCUCAAGUCACACCCGUCAACACCUUCCUGUCCAACAGCCUUGUGACUGACCUCGAGGGACUGUCUUUGUCUGACUCUGUUCUCUCCCCUGCUACCAUCGCUCCCUCCAGCGCGCUGAAGAACUACGAGCUGCUGCACCGGAUCACAGGAGAGGGUCUGUCGGUGGAGUACUGCUUCAGCCGACAGCCUUUCAGCCCCGACGCCAACAUGGUGGCAGUGCAGAUGCAAUUCACCAACAGCGCCACCUCCGACACCAAGAACCUGCACAUGGAGGACGUGAAGCUCCAGUCUGGAAUGAGAGUGAAAGAGUUCCCAGAGAUUGAGCUGCUGUCAGCAGGUGAGACGGCCACGGCUGUGAUGGGCAUCGAUUUCUGUGACUCGACACAAGCAGCGAACUUCCAGCUGUGCACUCACACCAGGAAAUUCUUUGUGUCGAUCCAGCCGCCCGUCGGCGAGCUGAUGAGGCCCAUCUUCCUGACAGAGAACGAGUUUAAAAAGGAGCAAGGUCAGCUGAUGGGCAUGAAUGAGAUCACCGAGAAGCUCACUCUGGACGCCAAGUGCCGGAACGAACACGCCAUCGUCCAGAGAGUGACCGCCGCCGCCAACCUCAGCAGAGUCCCCUGUGGGUCGGAUAAGGAGUGCAGGUUUGCCGGCAGGACGGUGACUAGCAGCAGCUUGGUGCUGGUCACCGUGGCGACCAAAGAGGAAGGAGCCGCCCAGCUGACGGUCAACUGUGAGAAAAUGGUGAUCGGCACCAUGCUGGUGAAGGACAUCCUCCUGGCUCUAACGCAGUGACGUGAGCCAGCGCUUUGAACUCCGCCCCGUCACUCCAGCACCCCUCACAUGUCGUCGAGACUCAUCGGUGUAGCAUCUCCUGCGUUCUCCUGCAAGCCUGUCUGUGAGGAAGUUUCCAGAAUGCUUUCUGUUGUUUUUUUAAAGAGCCCUAAACUUUUAGAAAUGACUCCUAGAAACACUGAAUGCCACAGCUGUUCCUGACGACAAUCCGGUAUGACGACUUCAUUGUUCAAAAAGUAAUUUUUUGUUAAAACCAUUUUCCUUUCCUGAAGUGCUGAUUGGACUCAGACUUUCAGGGAAAGAGAAUGAACAGAGCAGAGGUGUGGGCAUCCUUUGAGUAUUUAAAAUACUUUAGAUGUAAAAUAACAAUUCAAGAGUGAAAAAAUGUCAAAAUUUGCUCCUUGGGUAAAAAUUACGGGAGCUAGAAGUUUUGUUUGUGGGAACAGCAGUUUGACGAAAUCAUGUGACAUUUUCUGAAGCUUUCAGCCACAGCUUGUGAUUAUCCUCAGUGGAUGCAGUUGCACAGUUGUGAUGGACUGAAUAAAUAGAAUACUGUCUUUAAAAACAUCAACUGGAAGAAGGAUGAAGUGAUUAAUGACGUCCACUACAGAAAACCAAACAGUUAUACUCUCAGAUGUGUGUCGCUUUGAAUGAAAGCGUCUGUUAAAUGGAAUUGUAGAAUUAUCCGAGACAGAAAUACAUUAUUACAACUACGGACACCUGUCACCAGCCAAGCACGGUUAUCCAGUCCAAAUAAACCCACAGCUAUUGGAUAUAACAAUAGCAAUAAUAAUAAUAAUUAGUAUUCCAACUACACUGUCUCUAUGACAAAUGAGCAACUCCAUCUGUGGAAGAAAAAACAAGAGCUUCCGAACACAAGAACGGUUUCAGUCAAGCAGGCCUUUCUGCAGCGUUCACAUGAGAUGUAAAGAGUAAAACAAAGCAAUAAACCGCUGCUGGAUUCCUACAACAAUGUCCAAUUGUGAGAAAGUAAAUUUUAAAAAGGAUCAAAAUUUAAUUCAUCUUUUCUAAUCUAAUGAAGUUUGGGGAGGAAUAGUUAGAAAUGAGAUGCCCACAAAUCUGUCACAGCAGUUUUUAGUUCUAGUUCAGUUAUCAGCUUUCAGACUAUUUUAAGAUGUAGAUACUAUAGGUGGCAUAAAGUAGGUAUGAGAUUAUAUAACCCCUCCAAAAAAAAGCAAUUCACCAUAAGAAAUCUAGACGACAAGAUCAGCGCAAUCAGUUCUCAUCCAUUUAUUUGAAGACGUUACUUAAAUGCAGCAUGACGGCUCCACUGAGACGAUGGCCACCUGUAACUCGAUCAUUCCGUUGUGUCAAAAUAAAUGUUUUUAAUCAGUAACUCCAGGGUCCAAAGGAACAAAGACGCAUUCUGUUUCAAAUUCUGUGAUUGUAGCAUUUGCCUAGCUGUCAAACUGCACACAUCCAUCACAAUAAGUGGGGCAUUUAUGAACACUGAAGACGUAUAAAUGUUGUCGUACUGCAACAUGUAAUGCAGUACUGCUAUAAGGUGUGUGUGUGUGUGUGUGUGGGUGGAUGUGAUGACACUGAAUACUGACCUGAGAAACAUUAAGCAGCCGUUUUCAGUAUAAAUUUCGUAACACUUGACUUGAAAUCAUCAUUGAACACAUUAUAGUCAUCCAAUGACAUCAGUGCUUGACCAAACAUCAGUAGCUUCAUUUUAUUUAUUUUUUGCCUGAAAAAUGGACAAAUCUACUUAAAAGUCCUUAAAAUGCAGGGUGCCGCCAAAAGAUGACACCAUGAAUGAUUUAUCUACCAGUUAUUUUCUUAAGAGAGUGUUUUUGGGUCCCAGGCAUAGACUGUAUAUAAAGAUGAACGUAGCAUCUGGCUCCAGAAUUGAAGCCAACCCGGAAGUGUCAAAAACUUGCAAUAUCACGCCGUCUGCUAGGGUUGGCUCCAAAAAGCUUUUUCUCCAUAGAUCCCAAUUCAUUUUUGGAAAAAAUAAAAUUUGACAGACUGAUGUUCUACAGCUCAGGAUUUUUUUCCCGUUAGUUUUCAUGGUCAAAAUGAGAGAUCAGGUGGUCGAUCUUAAAAUAAAUCAAUACUGAAUUUUAAAUAAAUCGUUAAAUUUGGCGGAGCCAGGGGGCGUGGCUAUACUUGAUUGACAGUCCCAUUGACUGGUCCUGCCCCUAGUUGCUCUCCGGUCCAGUCUGUUUGAUGACGCUUUUUACGUCACUGGCUUCAAAAAAUCCAAAACGGCGACCAGGAAGUAGCAAAAUCCGGGCUUCAUUUUCUCGGCUUUGAAACCAACGGGUGACGUCACGGUUAGUUCACGCCUGGUCCCAGGAGACUUAACAAAUAUUAUAUUUUGAGGGGCCAGAGAACCAGCUGCAUUUUAAUUUGUCACUUCCUCUAAAUUCACAAUUUGUGCUAUAUUUUGAAACUUGAAAUUUUGGCAAACACAUGAGAAGAUUCAGAUUCAUCUUUAACUUUGCUUAUUCUGUGUUUUGUCUCUUUUUUGGCAAAUGAACACAAACGAGUGUAGGAGGAUGGAGACAGUCUGGAGCCAUAGUAACAUGGUGUCAACAUUUAAUUGUUUAAUAUAUGUCGCUUACAGAUAUGAGAGUGGCAUCUUCUCGUGUGACUUUUGGCAAACAAAGCAAAGAAUAUUUACAAAAAAUGUCAAAAAUAUUCAUCAAGGACUGUAAUGUAGUCUUCCUUCCUUAAACACCAGCUGAAAUAGCAUAAUUCAGCUUCCUAGAAGCUUUUACUAAAGCAUGAUCCGCUUAUCUUUAUGUUGAUGUCAAACAUUUUCAAGUCAAGUGCUACUUUGAUCUCACUCAUCACUUUUUCAUGACAUUCUUCACAUCUUGAUUUCAGCUCAGAGGUUGUGUGGCUUGUUGUUUUUCGUUCUGAUGUCUCAUGUGUCCAGCGGCUGCACAUUUCUUUUCUGUGUAUUUAUUUUUACUGUUGAAAAUGUAACAGUCAGCUACAAAAGAAGUAUGCUACAGUCGUACUUCAGAAAUGGGAGACUCACUUCAUUUUGGCCUUUUUUGUACCUUUUUUGCUUUUUCUGCCAUCUCACUGCUCACACCUGAAACUUCCAGUCACUGCAGCACAGUCAUGAAGAGGAAUGUAAAGAGUAAGAAAUUCUACUUUUGAUGUAAAAUCCCCAUGAAAAAAAAACUGCUUUCACAGAAACUGCUGGGUGACACUAUUCUCCAAACAUCUGGCCAUUUGUUUCAUGUGCAUCUGCUUUCAGACAUCCAGAGUACGGUUUAUCGUACCUUGUGUGUGGUUGUGAAAUGUGGUCCUGAGGUAUUACAAGUUUAUUUAUUAUACAAAUAAAAGUACAGAUACA